AUGAAGUUUCUCGAGGUCUAUGACUUCACCGUGGAGCUUCUCGAGAUGUCAAACUUGACGUUUCAAUUCAAAGGUAUGUGGUUCGCUGGAAUGGAUAUGUUGGUCACCGUUGAUCCAGCUAACAUUCACUAUAUGUUGAGCUCAAACUUCUCAAACUACACCAAAGGUCCGGCAUUCAAAGAAGUCUUUGAUGUUUUCAAAGAUGCAAUAUUUAACACAGACUCAGAGCUAUGGAAGAACUUGAGGAAUGCUGCUCAGGCCAGGCUCAACCAUCAAGGGUUUCAAAGAUUUUCAUUAAGAACGACGAGAAGUAAACUCAAGAACGGGUUUGUAACUCUUUUCAAUCAUUUUGCAAAGGUAGGAACGAUCGUGAACUUGCAAGAUCUUUUCCAAAGAGCAUUCGAUACAACCAUGGUUCUUAUAACUGGGUCUGAUCCUACAAGUCUCUCCAUUGAAAUGCCAGAGAAUGAGUUUGCUAAGGCUCUUACGGAUGCUAGAGAAGCGAUUGUGUAUAGGCAUGUUAAACCAAGGUUCUCGUGGAAGCUGUAA